AACACACGAUGCACCAUGAUGGGACGUCACGCACACUGGCGUAGUGUCGGGAUUGGAAUGUAACAAGAGUAACAAUCGGAACAACUGAGCAAUAGGUGACUGGGCUCGCGGAUAAGGAACUCCUUUGAUUUUAUUAAAGGAAACAUCUUGUGGAACUCGCUCGCUGUCCUCGUGUUUUCGCCGAAAGGGAAACGCCGCUUGCCAGAGCCGGUGUCCCGAUGAAGAGGAAAUGUUCUUCUUGCGUGUGUGAAGAUCCACAGAGAGCGCAGGAAUAAGAGACAUGCCGGGAUUCGUAAGGUUACCGUCGUUGCCGUGAACUGCCCCGACCGUAGACUAUUAUUGUUUCGGAGGUGAAUGGAGUUACACUGCGAGCGGAAGGCUGUGUUUUAGUCUGGAUGCCACAGCAUCGGAGAUAAACCUCGGUCGUUGUUUUAUUAACGACUUUCCAUCUUAUCCAGUGGGACCCGCUGCUCUCCAAAGACAAACUCCACGAGUCAGUGCCACCGCAACUCUCCGGUGCGAGUCGGACCGUGCGACGCGUUUAUCUAGUGCGUCUCCUGUCAACAAACGGUGCAUUUUUAUUAUUCCGCCGGGGGAAAACUAAAUCAGUGAGUAAGCAUAUCUGCUUGUGUUUAUAAUGAUCUUAACAGGAACGGUCACUGUCACGGCUGCACUGUGAGAUGUUGCUACUGGACCGACGAGUGAGAGCGAGGAACCCGGAGUAAAAUCGCCCACAUGCGCUGGAUCAAUCGCUUGCUGUUCGGUGAUCGGAAUCUGAAGAGGGAAGACGUGAGUUGUAAAUCCUCGCAGGCUGGAAGAUGGCGGAGCGAUACUGUAGCUGGAGGAGGUGGUGUUGAGAGACAAACUUCCAACCGAUUGAGAUUUAUUUGCAAACACCGCGAUCUGGCCUUCAGGACACAUGCAGGCCAAAAAACGAUAUCUGAUCUCACUCUUGACUGGCGCCUUUCUAGUUCUGCUCUUUUACUUUGGAGGGGUGGUCCCUGGUCCGGCGGCCACCGGGUCCAGGAGCCGGCAUGGAUAUAAUCGUCCCGAACAGCCGUGGCCACACUUCUCGGAUCCCUUACAACACUUAAGCCCGUGGGACCACUCGGACACGGAGGACUAUAAUGUGCACAUAUCGCCUAGGCAGAAGAGAGACGUUAACUCGAGCGUUUUCAAGGGCAAAAGGUGCCGCAUGCAAUCAUGCUUCGAUUUCUCCUUGUGUCAAAGGAACGGAUUCAAAGUGUACGUGUACCCGCAGCAGAAGGGCGAGAAGAUCUCGGAAAGUUACCAGAACAUUUUAGCCACCAUCGAGGGCUCUAGGUUUUACACUUCUGACCCUGGUCAAGCGUGUCUGUUCGUCCUGAGCUUGGACACUCUUGACCGAGACCAGUUAUCGCCACAGUACGUGCACAAUCUCAAAACCAAGGUGCAGAGCUUGCCUCUGUGGAACAAUGGCAGAAACCAUCUCAUAUUUAAUUUGUAUUCGGGCACAUGGCCUGACUACACGGAAGACUUGGGCUUUGACAUCGGUCAGGCCAUGCUGGCCAAAGCGAGCAUCAGCACGGAGAACUUCAGACCCAACUUUGACGUAUCCAUCCCCUUGUUCUCCAAGGAGCACCCAAGGACCGGUGGGGACAGGGGCUACUUGAAAUACAACACCAUUCCACCUUUUAGAAAGUAUAUGUUGGUAUUUAAGGGGAAACGCUAUUUGACCGGCAUCGGCUCGGACACGAGGAAUGCCUUACAUCACGUUCAUAACGCGGAGGAUGUUGUUCUCCUCACCACCUGCAAACACGGCAAAGACUGGCAGAAACACAAGGACGCGCGAUGUGACAAGGACAAUGCCGAGUAUGACAAAUAUGACUAUCGUGAAAUGCUGCACAAUUCCACCUUCUGCCUGGUUCCUCGAGGACGACGACUGGGAUCCUUUCGCUUCCUGGAGGCUCUGCAGGCGGCCUGUGUGCCGGUCAUGCUGAGUAACGGUUGGGAACUCCCCUUCUCAGAGGUCAUCGACUGGAACACGGCUGCUGUGAUCGGGGACGAGAGGCUCCUGCUGCAGAUCCCGUCCACUGUGCGCUCCAUUCAUCAGGAUAAGAUUCUGGCUCUGCGACAGCAAACGCAGUUCUUGUGGGAGGCCUACUUCUCGUCUGUGGAGAAGAUUGUGCUCACCACUCUAGAAAUCAUAGAGGACCGAGUGCUUCAGCAGACCUCCAGGAGCAAUCUGAUGUGGAACAGUCAUCCCGGUGGACUUUUUACACUGCCCCAGUACUCAUCCUACCUGGGCGACUUCCCUUUCUUCUACGCUGAACUUGGGAUCAAGCCGAAUCCCAAGUUCACUGCUGUUAUCCAUGCCGUCACACCCCUGGUUUCUCAGUCUCAGCCUAUUCUCAAGCUCCUCGUCUCAGUGGCAAGGUCCCAGUACUGUGCUCAGAUAAUUGUAUUGUGGAAUUGUGACAAGCCUUUACCUGCCAAGCAUCGGUGGCCGGCCACCUCCGUUCCCGUUAUUGUAAUUGAAGGAGAGAACAAGGUCAUGAGCAGUCGGUUUCAGCCCUAUGACAGUAUCAUCAGCGAUGCAGUGUUAAGUCUGGAUGAGGACACAGUGUUGUCGACCACUGAGGUGGACUUUGCCUUCACAGUGUGGCAGAGUUUCCCUGAGAGAAUUGUGGGAUAUCCUGCCCGCAGUCAUUUCUGGGACAAUAAUAAGGAGCGCUGGGGUUACACCUCUAAAUGGACCAAUGACUAUUCCAUGGUUCUCACCGGAGCUGCCAUUUACCACAGAUAUUACCACUUCCUGUAUUCCCACUUCCUGCCAAGUAGCCUGAAGAGCAUGGUGGACCAGCUGGCCAACUGUGAGGACAUCCUCAUGAACUUCCUAGUGUCUGCUGUCACCAAGCUGCCGCCCAUAAAGGUCACACAAAAAAAGCAGUACAAGGAGACCAUGAUGGGUCAGUCAUCUCGAGCCUCACGUUGGGCGGACCCGGACCACUUUGCCCAGCGCCAGACCUGCAUGAACAAGUUCGCCAGCUGGUUUGGCGGCAUGCCACUGGUCCACUCCCAAAUGAGACUGGACCCCGUUCUGUUUAAGGACCAGGUCUCCAUCCUCCGUAAGAAAUACAGGGAGAUCGAGCGGCUCUGACCAGACUGGCGCCCCUUGACGGACAUUCAACAAGGGGCUGCGAUAGACACAAGCAAAGGACAAGGCCAGCAGGAUGUGACGGCCUCUGUGGACCUUCAGACACACGUGACACACUUUUAACUCUUCGGAAGAUUUAGUUUUGUUUCAAGGUUGGUAACAAAUCACAAAGAAAAACUUGUCUUUCCCAGCACAUGAGCGAGUUGUUGGACGACAGGAGGGACGCGUCAUCGUGUUAGCACUUCUUCACCCCGCCACAUCUAGAUCCAUCCAUCCAUCCUCCUGCCUCGGAUGUCAGAAUCACUUUUUUCAGAAUCAGUUCACUCCAAGGUCUUGAGCCAUGAUUGUGUAUGAUUAAGCCUAUGGUUUUAUUUCCAAUUUUGUGGUGUUAGGGUUUUUUUUUUUUCCUUUUCAAAAGGCUUCAUAAUCAUUUAGUUUCAGUGGAAGUAAUUUAAGGCUGUGAUGUAGACGGUGCAGGUGAAAAGUUCACAGACGCAGAAAUAUAGCAUUGUGCCAAAAAGGGCCAUAACAUUACAUUCGAAACGGCGGUCCCUCUUAUUAGUGGCAUAAAAACCAUUUAAAAACCCUGCAGUAUUUUAUUUCUUAUUUUCAAAAAUGGUGCCAAGACUAAUGAUUUGCCUUAAGUGGCUUGUCAAACCCUCCCUACCUAAUUAAUUCAUGCAAAUCCACCUUAAAGUGUAUAAAGAAAUUCAUUAGAAAUCCCUAAAUCCUCAUGUUAUUAAACAGCCUGGCUGAAAAAAAAAAAGUUUGUCAUAGUCGAGAGAAAAAUUAGCAUGGAAACAAAGGCAGAGCUUACAGUGCAGAAACACCAUCUGUUUAGGUGGGAAAACUUUGGUAGACAUCAGCGCGUGACAGGUUGCAUCGUAAGGACUUAUGGCUGUAAUUUAAGUGAGACGUCUCUCACCUCCUCUAUCUUCCCUGUCCCUGUGAAAAAUGAGCUGUCCGUCAAAGUUCAAUAAACACUGCCUCAAUUCUCCCCUUCGGCCUCCUAUUUUAAAUGCGACUCCUUCGCAUAUAAAACUCACUGAGCCACAAAUGGACACCUGGCAAAUUUAUGUACCCUAGAAAGUGGCAAGUAUGCUUCUGUUAGAUCAAAAUGUACAUCCAUUCUUGUUGAUUUCUUAUCAAGGGAACGGCUCUCAAGACGUCGGGUUUUUCACUGUUUUCCAGAGUCAGGUACUUGAAUGUCUGAUGACUUGGAGUGCCGUGCUUCAGUGGCCUUUUGUGAAGGUGACUGGACUUAAAAUGUGCCAGCUGUGAGCCAAAGCCUUUUUUUUCCUCUUCGUUUUCAUGUUUUCUUCACAUAAUGCAUCAGAAUUCAGUUGAUGUGACAUGAUGUACACUACAUAUUUUUCCCCUCUACGUGGUCAUGGUCAGCCCACGCUGAAAUUUAAAUGCAUACCUGACACUGAAUGUUGUUUAAGACCCAAGUUGCAGACUUAAAUUGUUGUGCAUUGUAUUUUAAUAAGCUAUUUGACACUGAAUCACGAGUUAAAGGCCUGAUAAAUUCUGUAGUAAAGCUCCUGUGUUUCAUCUGACAUUAUCAGAAUGAACUGAAAAUCUUUAUAACGGCCUGAAUGCAAUUUUUUAAAUGUCCAUCUUGACAUUUAACAUUUUGGUGCUUGCUUGAAUCUUGUUAUACAAGUAUGUGAGUUAAUUUCAAGUCCUUGAAAGCUUCUAGCUUUUACUACUAGCAUAAAAUGUUCAUUAGUAAUUAUGCCUUUGUCAUCCUUUUCUGUCCUUUUUUUUUUUUAAACAAACGGCACACAUCUGGCUAAGUUUUAAGUUCAGUAAAUCAUCCAAUUUAAAAAUGUAUGCCUAGCAUUUUUACCUGUGGUUGUCAUAUCACACAGUUAACGUCUGGCCUUGCACAAUUUCAUUGGCCGAUUAUAUACACUUCAAAUACAAUGUAUAUGAUCCUUGUUCAUACAGCUGGAUCUACACCGUUAUAUAUAGGAUGAUUCAUCCAAGAUGAUUUUAGAGGUUAGAUGUGUGCAUCAGAUGUCUGUUUUGAUUAAUAUGUGCAUCCCAUCCCGUCACGAUGCCCUUGCCAACACUGUCACCAGGGCUUAUGAUCUGCCCAGUAUCAUCCAGAUCUGCCCAAGGCCCUUGUCAGCGCAGACGACACACUGAUAGGGGUUUGCAUCGGCGCCAGUGUUAUUUUAAUUAUCCAGCUUAACGUGACAAAGCCAUUCAUUUGAAAUUGGCCUGUUGAAUGCUGCUGCUACCACUACACACUUGCAAGAUCACCAAAGAAUCUUGGCAAAUUUAAACUCAUGCAAUUGUCAUAUGUUGUCAUUGGCAAACUGAUUCUUUCAUUGUUUUUGUACUUUUUCAUUCUGCCGAGAUCAUCCUGUCUCAAGGCUAACUGGUCAAAUUAGCAUUUUAUUUAUCUUCCAUUAUGUUCUGUGAUUAGCAAUAAGCAAUAUGGAGUCAUGCUCAAAAACAUCACUGAUCUCUCCCUGAUUGUGCCUUUUGAUUCAACUGAGUUUGUGAUCCCCACAGUCACAUAGGACAGAAGCGGCAAACGUCAUCGGCAGACACUAAAGUUUCCCAGCAUCUGUUAAACACUCGACUGUAUUUCUCACGUUAGGCUGUUAACCAGACUUGCAUGACCACUUUAGGCUAUUUAUGAGUAAAUACCCAUUUGUUUUGGGUUAUUUUUGUUCAGAGGUGUUGGUUUUGCUCCCUCCUGUCCUGACCCUUCAUCCAAGUAAUUAACAGAAGACUUUUUAUAGCGGUAAUAAAGAAAUUGCAAAAUGCCAAUUUUGUAUGAAUGAUUUAUAAGAAAAUGAAUAAAGUCAUAUUUGAUGCUAUAA